AUGGGCUUUGGAUUCAGCAGGGAUGGUGAUGAGGCCGAAUUCGAUAAUUUGGAUGACAAGAAAGCAUUUAUCGACCUGGGUUUUGGUUCUCUGAAGAAGUUUCCAGAAGAAUACUGGGUUCCAGCAUUGUUCAGGGUGAAGAGAAGCUUUCUCCCUCUGAAUCCACAGCUCCCAGGAAAAGAUAGUUUGGUAGGUCUCGCUGCAGAGGCAGCAAAGAAAGCUCUCCAGAUGGCGGAGGUUGAUGCAGAUGACGUGGACCUUGUCUUGAUGUGUUCUUCUACUCCAGAGGUUCUCCGCAAGAUUGAAGUACAGGAAGCACACUUCAAUUCUCCUAGGGAGAAUCUUCUGGCGACCUUCUACUUUGCUCUAAUGACCCUCGAUCCUCUAUUAGCUUCGGCUGACCAGCCUCUACCUCGCUUCAACGAACUUCUUGCUCCGACAACCCUCUACCCUUUAUAUCGCUUCGGCAACCCUCUUCCCUUGAAAAUUAGGGCGUUAAAAUUGAAAUAUUAA